AUUACUGACUUACUUAGUAGUGUAUACCUGAAUAAAGUGACUUAUCAGGGGUUCGGGCGGUAGUGUGCUGGCGGCUCCUCGCGCUGUUGCAACCCUUAACUCCCAAAACAAUAUUGACGCUGGUUUUUGCUUCACCAGUUAUAAGUAAACAAGGUAUCAGAGCAUAAAGGAUGGCAUCAAAGUUACCAGUUGCAUCUGGAUUAUAUAAGUAUGCAAGGAUAACAGCAAACACGACCAAUUAUGCCAAGAGAAUGAACCGCCUCAGCAAUCACAUCUUUGGGGAGGUUGUUAGAACAACUGACUCUCCGUCAAUGCGUGUAGUAAAAAUAUUCAGUGAGAAACCCCUAGACCUACGACCUGAAAUCACAGACUACUAUCCUCGUCAUAAUGAAACUCAUCUUUUAAUGUCUCUUCUUAGAAAGUAUGGACUGUAUCGAGAUGAACACCAAGACUUCAAGGAAGAGAUAAGAAGACUAAGAAUUCUGCGUGGAAAAGCUAAACCAAAGAAAGGAGAAGGCAAAAGAACAAAUAAGUAAAGCCAAAUACCAUAAAAUGUUUAAAAAAGCAGAUGGAAUUUUGUUAACAAACAUGUAAAUAAAGCAUCAACCUUU